CUGGCUGCUGCAAAUCAAGUAUCAAUAUCUGAGUCUUCGUACUUGAAUCGGGGCUUUGGACGAAGAAUAGCUUUACUGAACGUCCCAGAACGGAAAGAGCCCAUCGCAAGUCAGGCAAGUGCCUACACGGCUCUGUGUUGACGCAGGCUGUCAUCAGUGCCGUAAUACCAUUUUCUAGUUGAGUCGACCUGAAAUAUACGUCUUUUACUAGAUGGGAAUACAACAGGCAUUAAAAUCCAUGGUUCAUUCGAGGAGUAAAUGUUUUCGUUGCGUGGCUUCUCAAAAUAGCACCUACAUAGCAGCACCCCUCGUCAAUUCUAGCUAACAGAAUAAUACAAAGUCCUCUUUUCUUCCGAAAUGCGCAUGGUAACUCUUUUUGGAAAUCCGAUGCUUUUCAUGACGAAGGAAAUUUCUCCUCGACGAAUCGAAAGGUGAAUUUCAGUCACACAAAACUUUCCGAGUAUUUGCGCGCAUGCCCCCGUUCUUGCAACGCUCGGGUCGUUACUUCCUCGAGUUUAAUCCUGCAAGUGCUACCCCAUUCUCCAAAAUGACGGGACCAGAAGAUGGCUCUAGAAGCAGCUAUGUCACAGCUUACACUCGCGUGGCCGAGAUACGUGAGCUCUACGGUCGCGAACCUACAGCCAACGAAGUUCGAGCUCUCGCUGAACUCCCCCUCGAGAAGUAUUUGGGUAACUUUUAUCUUGAAGACGAUUCCGAGACUGGCAGACGGAUCCAUUUGCUAUUGCAACAAUCCGAGGAUCACCGUGAUAUCUCUUUCUUAGAAGAGGCUGGAGAACUCUUAAUGGAGCAGUCCACGAGGCGUCCCGGUCACUGGCAAUCGCCUGCUCUUCCUCCCUGGUCUCCACCUCCUUCAAUCAACGAGCUUUCGGAUAACGCCUACCAAUUCUCUCCAGUCUCAAAUGAUCCAUUCGCGAAAGUUGGGUGCGUGAAGAUCGUGGAGAGCAGGGCCAUACCUCAACAUACCCCGGUGUCCAACGAGCCUCAACAUACGUCGUAUCCGGAUCUGCUCAUCAACCCCCCAGAAAGAUGGCUCCGAAAGUCAUCAACGGAUCCCCAACCUAUGCGUCUCAUUAAACCCAUCUUCAUCUCGAAUAUUCAGCCUGCAUCCUUCUCGAAAUCAUCUUCGUGGCUUGACCAGCAAGUCCAGCGUCAACUCGGAGCAACUCCCAGCAGCAGCGAACAGAAGGCACCCUUCAUGCCCAUAAAACCAAAACCUCUCAAAGCCCCUGCUCCUCGCAUGCGCAAACCCAAACCGACAUUGCAACCAACUCCACCUGCAAAUCAACAUACUGGUGGACUUCAAAGACCUCAAGGCCAGCCAGGACAACCCUUUCGACCCAUCAACCCAUACUUCUCAGUUCCCAAAUGGCAGGAAGGCCAAUCCCAUGUUUCUCCUGCUAUUACCGGUUCCCAGCCCCAGAUGAACGCUGCCCCAUACAAGGGAUCAUACUCCAACAACGCAAAUCAGUUUUCUGGGACUUUGCCAAGAACGGGAGCACACCCUACGGCUAAUCCUGGUGUUAAUUAUAAUCAAUUUCCCUCUCCGCCGAUGUCCGCUACAGCCUUACCGACCAUACAACCUGCGCCAAAACCCAUUACAAAACAGCAGCCAUAUAAUCACGAUACCCGCCAACAGCCUUCAACUCAGUCACCAGCAAUCCGGACACCUACCUCGCCGUUGACUUCAAGCUUUCAAGGAGACAUGCCCUGGCUCAAGCCUAAGUCUGCUCAGUCGAAGCACGCCACGGCAGCUACUGAACCCACGGAGAUAGAGUCCUACGACGAAGAGUACCGCAAGGCGAAGGAAACUGCCGACAAUUUGAAGGAAACGUUGGCGAAGAAAUGAUGCGGAUCAUGCGGAUCAUGCGGUUCAUGGAGGUUGAGUUUUGGUUUCCUUGAACCUGAGAAUUGUGCAAAAUCAGGAUACCCGAAUUAAUAAUUGUAGAGUAUCGUUGAAGUAAGAAUGCGUCUAUGAGUAGUAUUGGCCGCUGCAGUGCU